UGUAUAUAGCGAGAGACUCAUGCUAUACAUAUGUCAUGUAUAAGCGCAUACAUCAAGUAGUCAAGUAACGUCGCUUCUUUUAAUUUGCCAAAGAAACAAUUUUUUCCUGGGGAAACUAUUUAACGUGAUUAUAUCUUUGUCGGCAUGGAAACUGAUAUAAAUAAUUGUAUCUUUUGCGAUAUCAUAAAUAACAGAACAUCAAGCGAGAAGAUAUACGAGGAUGAUUAUGUGACGUGUAUUAAAGAUAUUAAUCCAGCUUCGACCCAUCAUUAUUUAAUACUGCCAAAUAAACAUAUACGCAAUGCAAAAGAACUUCAACCAGAAGAUGCUUCGCUUUAUGACAGAAUCCUUUCUACAGUGGAUAUAAUAGCAGAAAAACAAGGUUUGGACCUUGCAGUUACACGUACUGGUUUUCAUUGGCCACCAUUUAAUACAAUACAUCAUUUGCAUUUACACGUUAUUUCCCCUAUAUGUAAUAUGGGCUUAUUUAAAAAAUUUAUGUUCAAACCCAACUCGUAUUGGUUUGUAAGCACGGAAUAUGUGAAGUCUUACUUUAAGGACAAAAAUAAUCCUAGUACAUCAAGCUAAAAUAAGCAUAAAGGCAAGAUCAAUAGCUGUGAUAUUUUUUUUUGGAGUUUUAUAUGAUUAUGACAUUCUAACAACUAAAUUCACUACAGACAUUACCUUAUGUGUUGUACAUUGUAAGUGUAUAAACAUGGUUUAUAUAUGUAAAUUAUUUCCAUUGUUGUUAAAUGUAAGGAAAAAUAACUAAAGGAAAUUUAAAUGGGUUUAA